AUGACGGACGUGUCGUACAGCUACUCACGUCCCCGCAGGGAGUUUGGGCGCAUGCCGGAGUUUCACGCCAAUGAGGGUGAGAUUCUCAGCGACAUCCCACCGAACCGUACGGUGAAGAAUUAUUACACAAAACUCGACCCCUGCGAGACGGAGAUUCAAAACGUGCCGUCGUUGUCCGAGUCAAGUACCAACACGGAACGCAUUAAAUUACGCCAUCGCGCGCAGUCCCACGUUGAGGGUGGAUGGCCGCAUGUUGUCGACCCCACGGAAUUUGAAGAAAAGAUGAAAUACUGCAAAAAGGUUGAACGCGAGGAGAGUUACUUGUCAUCAUGUCGUCGCCUUGUCCAGCAGUGUACCGACAAGUACAUCAAGCAGAACAACGCAAUCGAUAUUUACGGUUCCUACUUUGCGGAGGGUGCGCCCCCGGAAGAUGAGUCGUUGGGACCCGCAUCUGCAAAGAUUGUCUCCGUCUUUAAAGACCCCAACACGGAGAAGCGAACGGCCGCAGCGAUUUCAUGGCAAAACGACGGACGGAAAUUUGCCGUGGCGUACUGUCGACUGCGUUUCCAAAGCAGCACCCCGACGAUGAAUACAAACUCUUACGUGUGGGAUGUUAUGAAUCCUAACACACCAGUUGAGACGCUGGUGACCCCUUCACCAUUGUGCAGCAUUGAACAUUACUUGAAGGAUCCACAUAUCAUCGCUGGAGGAAGUUGGAAUGGCGUUGUACAGUACUGGGAUACACGUCAGCCCACACGGCCUGCCGCCCGUUCUCUUAUUGAAGAGAGUCAUAAGGAUCCUGUAUGGUCGGUCAAAUGGCUACAGAGUAAAUCCGGUGAAUUGCUUUCUGUAUCUACAGACGGCGAGGUGUAUGUAUGGGACUGCCGUCUCCCUGACAAGCCAGUUGAGUUGCACAAGCUCCCAGAGGACUCUCUAACACUUCUGCCAAAAAGCAACGAGGGGGGAUCGAAGGGGAUAUUGGGCGGACUUUGUUUGGACUACGAUCCACAAGUUGGUGGUCCUUCAAAGUACAUGAUUGGAACGGAACAGGGUACUAUUCUCUCCUGUAAUCGUAAGGGUAAGACACAGGCAGAAAAGAUUGGGCCUAAUACGUUUAAUGCACAUCAUGGUCCAGUUUACUCCGUGCAACGCCAUCCUUAUUUUUCAAAGUAUUUCCUCUCUGUGGGUGACUGGACUGCACGGAUGUGGUUUGAGGACUUCAAAUUCACGCCAUUGUUUAGCACCUUCUAUCACACUUCAUAUAUUACGAGCGGUGCCUGGCAUCCUGUGCGCCCCGGUGUGUUUUUCACCACUCGCAUGGACGGUUAUCUGGACAUCUGGGACUUGAUGCUGCGUCAGUCUACCCCGGCCUUGAGCGUUCAAGUCUCUGAUUAUGCCUUGCACACCGCCAAACCAACAGUGGAGGGAAAACACAUUGCCGCCGGUGGCAUUGAUGGUAACGUUACACUCAUGGAGCUGUCACCCUCGCUGCACACUAUCAUGGCGGACGAAAAGGCUGCUAUCGGUCAAAUGCUUGAAAACCAAAGCAUUCGUGACAAGAAUUUAGAUCGCGCUGUGAAGGAAAAGCGUGCGGUGGCGAAGCAACGCCAACGCCGUAGCACACACGUACAGGCUGUCACAAAAGAAAUGGAAGACCUGGAUGAACAACUGGAAAAGAUUGAGCAGGAGUACAGCGCUUCUAUAAACGAAGAAAGGGAUCGGGAUUUACGCCUGCAAGAAGAGUUGGAGGUUCAGCGGCGCAAGCUACUAGAAGAAGUUGGAGAUGGAAUUGAUGUUGAUGAUGAGAAAUAG